GAUGCUUCGCGACGGGCUCGUUUUCUCUCCUCGUGCAAGCUGCUCGCGCUUAUCAUGGACUUUCUCAAGAUUAGAUAAGUGUAUGAUUAUGUUGACAAAAUUCAUGGAUAAUGCUGUCGGGAGCUAGAAGAGUCACGCCUAAAAUGCACAAAGUCAAUGUGAUGCUGAAAAAUUUGAUUGAAAGAGGAACUACAACGUGCUUACUGUUGUAGUCUGUAGGCAGAGUGAGUGGUGUCCCACAGAGCAUCUACCUGUCGUAUUGGGCAUGUGGCACUAUAUCUGGACUCUCAAUAAUUGGACAAACGGAGUUGAGCAGUUCGGCUUUCAAAAAGCGAGGGAGGGACCUGGUCGAGGACUGCAGUAGUAUGAAAGAGCGGGAUGUCUUAGAAGCAUUCUUCACGUGGUCAUCUUCAUCCAAAGAGAGUAUCGAAACACAGACAACAUCGUCGUCGUCGACGUCUUCGUCAACACGGCAUUAGCUACCGAGUAUGUAAGAAAUCAAAAAAGAAUAGUCUCCUCGUGAAACGUCAACGCUUGUUGUCAUUGAAAACGAAACUCACGAGUAGGAAGUAAUUAGCUCCACCCUUCGUUCAGGGGAGAAGUAGUUUGGAGGAUCAGGCAACAUGUCGGACACGGGCCAAGCGGCCGCGGCGCCGAGCCCGAACAUGGCGGUUGUGGGGUCAGCGCGCGAAGUGCCAGAGAGUGCACGCUCUGCGAGCUCUAGUCAGCCCUCAGCACGCAGCUCAGGGAGGAUGCGAAGAACAUACUCAACGCCGCGAAUCCGAUGUGAUCGCUUGCCAACACAUACUAUCAAAGCAAUACCCGGAUAUCGCGGCUACCUUCCGGGAGUGAAGUCGGAGACAAUAGGAGGUACUUGCUUCUUUACAUUUUUGCUUUAGGCUUGAGAAUACGUUACCAGUUUUCGUGGUCUCCAAAAUUUGGUUAUUAUAUAGGUGGCUUGACGACGACCGGAUCCAACUGUUCGAAAAUGCACUUCCCUCUAGACUAACUGCAGACACUUUUCCAAAGCAAAACCACAGAGAACAUUUUCUCGAAUGUGGUGUACGAGUCGCAACAUGCGACAAAGAGGUUAGGCCAUUCGCAGAGUGCGCAGUUGUAUGAUCGAGACCAGGCGAGAGCCGCGCAGGCAGGAUUGCUGUCCAUUAGGGUGCCUGAGCCGACUAGGGAACAGGUAACAGUAGGGAUUCAAUACACUAUCAUGUUGUGGGAGAAAGGACCGAUUAUCGUCAUGAGAAAUUUUUGAUUCUACUGAUGCAGGUGGGAGAAUUACUUAUAUAUGGUACUAGAGCAUCGCAUUCAUUGGAAGAUGAGGGGCUUAGUACACCAUUCAGUGACAACGGAUUGAUGUUAUGACUAAGUACACAUCAACGUAAUGUCAGUAUGCUCUACUACUUUAGUUACAGCUUAUCUUAAAGACUUUAAAUCUAAAACGUCCCACACCACCCAGAUCUUGAAGACGCUUGAUAACAAACGGGGCGACGAGGACCGAGUAGCGGGAUUUGCAGCGGCAGCUGGCGAUUAUAGGGAGUCUCGAGUGCCGGAUUCAUACGAAAGCUACUACGAAGAGCCUCCACUCGACAACACACUCAAAGCCAAGACCAAUAUAGUCGGGUAGAAAACCUUGAAAGCAAUUUGGAUCUUUUCUUCAUCGUCCUUUUAGAUUUUGUUUCUUUUGAUGUUCUGUGUAACACCAUCAAACUCUGACUACACUACCGCAAGAAAGGAAACAAAAGCCGCAUAUUCAACUAAGUAUCUUAAUCUUUUUUAAUUACAUAGAAAUUUGUACAACAUCUUUCACAACAAGAUAUGGCGGACAUGUGCCAGGAAGAGAGGCGGAGAAUGUUCACGGAAAUACAUGGACUAGGACAAAUUUAAACGCAACGUCUGCGUUUCAUAGGACGUUUAGAGGAAGAAAUAGGAACGAAAGGAGCGACCCAUGGGCAGUGACAAAGGGAAAGAGCAGGCUGUAAUUAUUUCAAUUUCAACUCAAUUGGUGACGCCCUUACUUUGUAGAGCUGUGUUGAUUUCGCACUGCUCUUUUUGAGUUGUGUCGAUUCAAAUUGAUUCACGAAAGAAUUAACCAACGCUCCUUUUAAGAAGUCCCACUAGUUCCGCCUACGAAGUUUCCUUUGCCAAAUCAUCACGACCACAGGCAUCCGCGCGGUGCGUACGAUAUGGAGCAGAAUCGAAAUCAGAAGUUUUUAUACACAAAAGAGAGAACUGCAGUCGGAAGAGUAGAGACGGACACGCAGGAGGAAGUUCCGCUUUACAACAAUAGUUACAACGACAUGCGAAGAGGCUGGAGUCUUGACCCGUUUGUCGGCAAACAGGUAGAAUACUCGACUGGCAUUAGAGUAUAAGAUAAGUAGCUGUAAGUGUAACCAAAUAGACUAUUAGGUCCCCUAAGUAGCUGCUCGUCGAUGUAUAGCAUGAUGGAUGCGGCGUGAAGAACCUCCUGUAUGAUAUUGAUCUAAAAAUGCUCUUGUUGACAUCAGCUUGUAAUUCCUACAUACAACUUACUUCCGAAGAACCUCAGCCUUAAUAACUCAUUACCCUCAAUCCAGAUCGAUGCAGCUGGCCGUCAAGAGCCGUUCACGAUGCAGGAGAGCUAUGGUUGUGUGCGGCCAUUCAAGGCGCUUAGGGCGCCUGGCUAUACGGGCUUUGUGCCAGGCAAGAUUGGCGAAAACAUCGUAGCUGAGCGGCAAACUAUGACCGACCAUAUCGCUGUGCAUCGCACCAACAAAAACAAAUCUGAGAAGCUGCAGAGGUGAGAUGCCAAUCGUCUCUGUCACCUGUCAGCGGUACUUAGGUGAUUCCACAUCCGGAUUGAUGUACUUAGAAGACACAAGAAUGAACGAUUCUUCGUUGGUUUAUAUGGUUUAUAGAUUUUCGCUUUCGCAUAGAUAACCCAUUUAUGAUUUGACGUUUCGCAUGUUUCGCAUCUGAUCAUGAUGUCAGAGAAUGAGUCCAGUGAAUUAAAUGUCAUCAACAUGAUGUUGCCAUAGGGCAUAAUCAAAAACCCUUUUAUGAUGUUUGAGAAUACCUGAAACUGAAUCUUUUCCAGAUACUGAAUCUUUUCUUUGAUUUUCUAGUCACUUAUGCAUAGGUCUGAGGCUGUCGCAGAACUAUGGACUCGCUGUCUUCGCAGAACUAAUACCAUUUACUUUUACAACUUACACAAGAAAUGCAUUCCCAUUCUUUCUACCACUUACAUAACUUAAGCUCAACAAGGGUUUUCUUGCGUUGGUAGAAAACUCACUGACUCUAUGAAAAUGAACUACGUUAGCCUAGUGCACUUAGUUGUACUCAGGCGCGAAGAUGUAUAGAAAAUGUGGACAACGGUCAGAUCUGAGCAUAGUUUGAAUGGUUUGUAGAGUGAUCAUGAGAAACCGAAAUUAAAAAUGGUCAUGAAAUACGAAGAUCAGCUCACCAACGAUCCUAAAUCUAACAGAGCACACACAGGCUUUGUGGCUUGUUCUAAUACAAGCCCCUAUUGCAAACAACAUGUUCUCCUACUUGUUCGCAGAAAAAGCAGAACAAAAGCAAUUUUAGAAUACCGCUUACAAGAAGCAAGUAGAUAGAUCACUGUUUUUGAUGAACAACAAUUCGAGUGAUCCCAUAUAAGCA